AUGAGGUACGACGUAUUCCUGAGUUUCAGUGGGGAGUACAUCCGCAAAACGUUUCUCAGCCACCUUCUCCGUUCGUUGAAUAGAAAAGGCAUCAGAGCAGCUACAUCCGCAGAGAGUUAUCCCAUGUACAAUCAGGCUAUCGAGCAGUGCCUAGUGGCAAUCUCCUUGAUAUCGGAGAACUACACCUCUUUGGACUUGUGGGUGGACGAACUGGCCAAGAUAAUAAAGUGUGCAGAGGACAGAACUUUGACAGCAGUUCCUGUCUUCUUACAAGUUCAUCCGUCGGAUGUGUUAAGAGUUGUAAGUCUUGCAGAAGAAUUCGCAGACCGAAAUGGACCGCGGAUCAUAAUCCUGGAGACGGUGAAGCACUGGCUAUGUGAUCACCUGAUCCGUAAUUCUGGCUUCGACUCCCGCCAUUGGGAGGAUGACUCAAAGCUGGUAGAUAAAAUUACUAGUUUCGUUGCAGACACUCUGAUGUCUUCUAAAAUAAGCUCUCCAAGUCCUAGCCUAAAGUGGGGUACUCCCAAGCUACCGAGUAGCUUAGGUGGAUUAAAAGAUAUUGGCACUAAGAAGAAAGGAUUUGUGCAUCACAGCAAACUUUCUGGGGCUACUGAGUUGUCCAAGUACAAAGCCACUCAGAAGAAAGCAUUCGCACAUCACAGCAAACCUUUUGAGGGUAUGUACUCGCCGACUUACUGCUUGAAGCGUCCUGCAGAAGAGGUGUGUGAGUUGUUAUGCGCAUAUUCUACAAAAGAAAUUGGUAUAAUUGGCAUUCAUGGAAUGGAAGGAGUCGGGAAGACAAUUCUUGCCAAGUACAUUUAUGAAGUGAUCUCUCCACAAUUUCAGCAUCAUAUUUUCAUAGAUGACUUGACCAAACAAGAGAUCAGCUCCACACCCAGUUUGCUAGAAAUUUUUACCACUAAAACCAGUUUCCAUGGGAGCAAUGUCAUUAAAGAAUUGGUGGGUCAAAGAAAAAUUCUAGUUGUUGCUGACAGUGUGGAUGACAUUAAACAGCUACAAUGUAUUCUAAAGGAAGCCAGCUUGUUUGGUCCAGGAAGUCGGGUUAUCGUAAUCACUCAAGACAGGUCUUUGCUAGUUCAAUGCGGGGUGAAACAUAUUUACGAAGUUAUGUGUCCUGGAUAUGACGAAGCUAUUCAUAUCUUCUCACAUUUUGCUUUCAAGCAAAGAGAACCUGUUUCUGGUUUUGAAGGGCUCACAGGUCGUGCUGUCGAGGUUGCGGGUCGUAUUCCUCUGGCCCUUAAAGUGUUGGGAUCGUUUCUGCACGGUAGGAAUAUUGGUGAAUGGGAAAGUACAAUGUGCAGGCUUGAGUUAUCACAUGAUAACUUCACUUCAGAGAUUCCUAGGUAUGUGAGUGCAGAUAACUUCACUUCUAGACGUCGUCCAAUCAUAGUUGAGCCACCAAUUGACGCAUAUGAGGCAAAUCGUUUCCCAUCAUACUGUUUCACUCUUAAUUAA